AUGCUACAAGUUGACACUGGGAUUAUGUUGUCUCAGCGGCGUUAUAUGAAGGAUAUCCUAAAUCGUGCAGGAAUGACUGACUACAAGCCGUUGGCAACUCCUGCUGCUGUCACACAAUCAGUCUCACCGUCAGACCAGCCACAUGAUAAUCCAACUCAGUACAGGCGCAUUGUGGGUGCUUUGCAGUACUUAACCAUCACCCGACCGAAUCUCUCUUAUGCUGAUACUCUGGAAUACGGUCUGCAAAUCUCGGUCUUCACUUCCUCGGCUAUGCACGCUUUCUCUGACUCCAAUUGGGCCGGUUGUCCGCUAGAUAGAAAAAGCACGAGUGGAUAUGCUGUUUUCUUGGGGUCUAAUCUCAUCUCAUGGCUAUCUCGGAAACAGCGCACUGUUGCACGCUCGUCCACUGAAGCCGAAUACAAGGCCCUAGCUGAUGUCUCGGCUGAGGUCACAUGGGUUGUUUCGAUACUCCGUGAACUAGGCCUGCAUACUGGGGAAGCAUCCACUCUAUGGUGUGAUAAUCUAGGUGCCACAUAUCUAUGCGCCAAUCCUGUGUUUCACGCCAGAACCAAGCAUGUCGAGAUUGACUUUCAUUUCGUUUGGGACAAGGUGGCGUCAGGGGACUUGGUUGUUAACUUUGUGUCUACAAAAGAUCAACUAGCGGACAUCUUCACCAAAUUAAACCUCUAUCAGGUCUUCGGUUUGCUGCUCUUCGUGACAAGCUCAAUGUGGUGA